UUGUUGGAUUUUUAAAAUUUUAUUUUUCAAGAUGGAUUCUUUGCUUCUUUUUUCCAUCGUCUAAGCCGAUCACAAAUUCUCACGGAUGAGGUGUUUCGAAUGCUUCACGUCAACCAAUUUGCUGCCCCGUUUUGCGAUUCGCGACUCCUUAUUCGCGGUUCCGUCAGACUUGAGCAAGUGCGCGUCGUCAUCUCGGUGCCGAGCAGCGGCUGUGUUGUUUUCUGUUUCCAGGGCAACCGCGGCGGCUCCCUCCGACGCCCUCGUUUGCUUUGACUCGCUCGGCCACGCCGCGAACUUGUCGUGCGCGGCGGAAGAACGAGAGCGUCUUCGAUCGCGAGCGAGGGGGGGUGCUCGAGCAAGUUCCUUUGGAGAGACUAAGCGUCCGUCUGCCCUGCUCGCGCCCAAGGUGAAGGAAGGAAGCCGAGAUGGACGGAACCCAGCAGGUCAGCCUGCAGGUGGCUGCUUCCUUCAAAGCGUUCCUCAUGAAGAGCAGCAGCAAAAGCAACCUCAACCUGUACGACCACCUUUCUCGGCUGCUGAUGCGCGUGAUCGAGGAGCGUCCUCACGAUGUGGUGGACGUGAUGGAGGACUUAAGUCACGACGUGAAGCUGCGUCUCUACGAGGACACGCAGAGCAGCCUGCAGGACCUCCAGCAGACCACCGCCGCCGAGGAGCUGGCCGAGCAGCAGAAGGUUCUCUUCGUCAGGCCCGAGGACGCCCCCGAGCACGAAUUCGAGCUGGAAUCGGCCCUGCCCAACGUGAGCGAGAUCGCCUACUUCCUGGAGCAGGCCGGCGUGGGCUUGGGCCGCGAGGAGAUGCAGCGGGUCUUCCUGGCCCUCAAGCAGCUGGUGUCGUCCUACACCAUGCAGCGCUGCCGCCUGUGGGGCAAGAUCUUGGGCGUCGAGAGGAGCUACAUCAUCGCCGAGGCCGAGUUUGCCGAGGGCGAGGAGGAGGACGAGGACGGGCCCGAGGAGGUGGCCGACGAGGAGGCCCGCGAGGUCGACGCCAAGGAGAAAGCCGAGCGCGAGAUGGACCCCCUCCCCCAGUCGACGUACAAAGCUCCCCCCGUGGUGCCCAAGGAGGCCAAAGGAACCGGAGCCAACAAAUUUGUGUACUUUGUGUGCAACGAGGCGGGCCUGCCCUGGACCAAGCUGCCGUCGGUCACGCCGGCCCAGAUCACGGUGGCCCGGCAGAUCCGCAAGUUCUUCACGGGCCGGCUGGACGCCCCCAUCGUCAGCUACCCGCCCUUUCCGGGCAACGAGGCCAACUACCUGCGGGCGCAGAUCGCCCGCAUCUCGGCCGGCACGCAGAUCAGCCCCCAGGGCUUUUACCAGGCCAUCGAGGAGGAAGGCGCCGAGGAGGAGGGCUCGUCCGAGGACGGCAUCGAGGAGAACCCCGAAUAUGAGGGCGUCCCCGUUGGGGAGCUGGUGGACUCCUUGUCCUCCUGGGUGCACCACACGCAGCACAUCCUGCAGCAGGGCCGCUGCACCUGGGUGAACUUGGCCGUGAAGACGGAAGACGAGUCCAACGAGGAGGAGGCCGAGGAGAUCGAGGAGGACCCCGACGAGCCCGAGCCCGAGGUGGGCCCCCCGCUGCUCACGCCGCUCUCCCAGGACGCAGAAAUCUUUGAGACGGUGCCGUGGAGCUCCAGCCUGUCGUCCACGCUCACCUCGCAGCACGCCAUCGCCAUCAUGCGCUCCAACUGCUGGCCCGGGGCGUGCGCCUACGCGUACGCAAAGAAGUUUGAGAACAUCUACGUGGGCUGGGGGCUGAAGUACCCGGGCGACGGCUACAGCCCGCUCCUCCCGCCCCCGCCCCAGAGCGAGUACCCCAGCGCCCCCGAGAUCACCGAGGACGUGGACCCCACCGUGGAGGAGGAGCAAGCCCUGCAGGACGCCCUGGACGAGAAGCAGGCUGCCGAGGAGGCCGAGGAGGGAGACUCGGACGAGGAGCAGGAUGAGGACGACGACUGAGGCCGUGGCAAAUGUCAACCUCUUUGGAUAAAGUGCCCAAAAGACUCGAUUUCAUGGCAACAAAGAUGAAUUUGAUGUUGAUUUCACUGCGAGUCAGUGCAAACCGUUGCGUGUCGACGUGGAGGUCCGAAAUGUCGGCGACGAAUAAAGUCUACCCAAUA